GCCUCUCUUCAGCCUGAAGCCUCUACUCAGCCUGAAGCCUCUACUCAGCCUGAAGCCUCUACUCAGCCUGAUGCCUGCAUUCAGCCUGAUGCCGCUACUCAGCAUGAUGAACUGAUCCAGCCCGACGAUCCUAUUAGGCCAGUUGACUCGAUGCCCGCUGUUGAUCCAGAUGAUCCGGUACCUGACCCAGUGCCCGCUGUUGUGCCAAUUGACUCAGAGCCCGCUGUCAUACCUGAUGACCCGGUGCCCACUGUCGUGCCUGUUGACUCGGAGCCCACUGUCGUGCCAGACGACUCUCUUGCCAGACGACUCGGUGCCCGCAGUCUUGCCAGUUGACUCGAUGCCCGCUGUUCCGCCAGAC